AUGAACACCACUGGGGACUGUACUUUACUCAAGGGUGCAGCCAAGAAUCACGCAGACCCUGAGCCUCCCCCCACCCUGAGCACUGUCAGAGCUGCCGGGGUCCAGAGCGGCACAGGUCCCAAUAACAGCGACAGCAUGGAAAGGCACUGCCAAUGCCUCGUGCUUGCCUUGGACUACAGCAAAAGACACAACCAGCAGCUCUACAGUGAGAUCCAACAGCUGAAGCAGGAAAAGAAAGACCUGCAAGAUCAACAGGGGAAAGAACAUGAGAAGAAGACCUGUGUGUUCAAAGCAGUGAAAGCAGAUCUGGAGCAGCACAGGCUAUCCGUACAGAUGUUGGCAUCAGAAAAACCCAGUUUACAAUCUGCCCUGGCCCCCACGCAGCGGGUGGCCAAUGAAAGCGCCCUGGAGCAGGAGGCUCUCACCAGCCACCUGCAGGCCGCACAGCAGCGAGUGACAGAGCUCAAGCUCCAGUUGUCUGCGGUGUCCACCAUGCAGAAGGAGACCGAGAACAACAACACAGAACUCAUGAAAGCCCUGAACCACGUGAAGGUGCAGUUCCAGGAAAAAGCCAGAAGCUAUGAAGACCUGGAGGACAAGAACACCAAGCUGCACAAGAGGCUGGAAGUGCUUCUGACACAGAAGGCUGACAUGAGGAUCCAAAUCCACAAGUGCCAAGAGACAUUGGUGGAGCAAGCAGAGUUGCAAAGACAACUAAACGACAUGAAAGAGUUGGUGACAGCAUUAAAGGUGGAGAAAGACACCUUUGCAGAGGAGCUGAGGGCAGAGAGCUCCGCGGGGAAGGAGAAGGUGCAGCAGCUCUCAGAGCAGGUGAGCCAGCUGAGAGAGGAGAAAAAGCAGGGGGAGAGGCAGGUGUGGGAGCUAGAGAACAACCUGGUGGAGCUGAGAGCGCAGCUGGCAGAGCUGCAGCCCCCGAAGCCCCCCACAGGGCCAUCUGAGGCUGAGCAGCAGCUGCAGGCCCAGGCCCUGCAGUUGCAGAAGGAGCUCAAGAGCCUGGAGGGGCAACUGCACAUGCAGUUGAAGGAGAACCAGAGCCUCUGCCUCCAGAACCUGGAGCAGCGGCAACGGCUGCGGGUCCUGGAGAAGAAGGCCGAGGAAAGGGACCAGCAUGCUGAGGCUUGGCUGAAGAUCUUUGAGAUGAUGGAGAAGGAACAGAAGACCAAGAGGCGCAUGCUGGUGCGCAACCAAGAGCUGAAAGAUGAGCUGGCCCAGCUGCAGGAUGCCGUGCAGAGGCUGAGCGCUGAGAAGCAGGAGCUGGCCAGCCUCCUGCGCUCAGAGCAUCAAGAGAAGACAAACCUGCGGGAGAAGCUGGAGGAGCUGGAGGAGAAGGAGGUGCCAGGAGGCAAAGAGAUGGCUGAGCUGAAGAGCCAAGCGGCUGAGGACCUGCAGGAGCUGCGUGACAAGUACCUGGCGCAGGUGCAAGAGGUCAUAGCCACCCGUGAACAGCACAGGGCCUCCGGCCAGCAGCUGACCUCUAAGAAGGAGGCCCUGAAGCAGCACCUGCUGAGGCAGAGCCAUCUGCUGGAGCAGCUGAAUCAGGAGCAUGGGCGGCACAAGUUGCUGGCCCAGAUGGAAAGGGAGAAGUUCCAGGACACUCUGAAGUGUCUAGAAGCCACAAGACGCGAGAAUGCUCAGCUGCAGGCCCAGCUGAGCACCAUGGCUUUCCUGAGGGAAGGGGAAGGCCUAAGCCAAGAAGGAGACAAGGGUGAGGAGGCGACUCCCCCCACUGGGACUGUCCCAGAGGAUGUGGACAACCUGCAAAGCAUGUGGGAUUUUUACAUGGAAGCGCUGUCCAUUGCAGAGUGCAAGAAGGCGAGGCUCAGCCGGCAGCUGCAGGAGCAGCAGGCCCGCUGUGGGUGCCUGAGCCAGCUGGCAGCCCAGUGCCAGAGAAAGCUAGAGCGCCAGGCCUCCUUCCCCAAGCGCUGGCUCCAAGGCCUGUUGGGAGGGUGGAAGCAGGAGAUACAGACGCCUAAGAAGAACCUGCAUGUCUGCUUCCCCGAAGACCUGGCCGACAAGGUGGACACCCAGAGUCCAGUGGAUGCCCUGCAACAUCGCUGCAGCCAGCUGUCCCAACACAUGGCCACCAUUGAAGAGACCAUCGUGUUCUACAAAGAACAGAUGAACAUCCUGGAGAAGCUGUGUCAGGAGAAAGACAAGUGUGUCAGCCAGCUGUCGGAGGGGAAGAGGAGGAAGAUGAAGGAGCUGAAGGAGCUGCUGCUGCGCCUUGCAGGGGAGGGCACGGAGUGCCAGGAUGUGGUGCUGGCAGCCGCCCAGGCCCCUGCUGCCGAGGUUCCCUCACACCUCUCAGGCCCCAUGCAGAGGGAAGUUGUGCAGGAGCAGCAAGAGUUCAAAGACAUACAUCUUAGAGAAAAGUUGGGGCCUGUCCCUGCAGAGGCUGGGGCGCCUGGACCCCUGGAGAACCCCACUGCGGAGCCUCCUGUGCUGCUCCUACCUGCCAUCCAGCCCCACCAAGAGCCCGCAGGCUUGGGUCAGGGGCCCUGCCUCCCUUUCUUCUACAAGACUGGUAGAAAUGAUACACUGGGAAUAAUUACUAUUUAA